CAAUUCUCCUUUGCUUGUUAACUUCUACCCUUACUUCAGCUACACUCAAAACAUGGAUCAAAUCAGCCUUGACUACGCUCUCUUCACUGCAACAGGAACGGUUGUGUUCGAGGACCAGCUACAGUACCUGAACUUGUUUGAUGCACUAGUGUAUGCCGUGUGUUCUGCUCUUAAGAAGUCCGGUGGGGGGUCUGUGGAGAUUGUUGUGUCCGAGACAGGGUGGCCAUCGGAUGGGGGGAACAGCGACAACCAUGGACAAUGCUAGGACCUAUAUUACCAAGGUGAAUUAGCAUGUUAAGGGUGGGACUCCGAAGCGGCCCAAGGAGCCUAUUGAGACUUACAUUUUUGCCAAGUUUAAUGAGAAUCAAAAGACUCCAGAAUA